GUAAUCCUAAAGGAUUACAUAGCAAAGUAUUUUGUUCCUUUUUAGAAGUAGAUUGUCAUGAAUCUAUAAAAACUUGUAAAGAGAUAAAAGUUUGUGAAAUAGCUGAUAUGAAUAAAGUAUCAACUCCAUAUUAUAAUGUUAAUCUUGAUACUGAUUUAAUUCUUCAUGAUAAUAAUAAUUUAAAUGAAGAAAAUCAAAUUAAAACUAAUACAAUUGGAAAAUAA